AUGCCACCCCACAACACCGGGUCAACGCAAUUGAUUUGCGGUCGUCACAUGCUAAUGCACAGCUUCGGCAUGAAUCCGUGUGCUGACAGUGCACAACUCGUGACAGUCAAACAUCUUCGGCGGAAGAAGACAGAGGCCAGGCAGCGUCUUGAAGAGGCUGAAGUUACACUCAAGACGCUGAUAUCACCGGGUGAUGGGUGCCCUGGCCGAGACGCUGCAUAUCUUGAGGGCCAGUGGAUGGCCCAAAGAGCACGUCACCUGGAUAUCAUCGAGGAAUCGAAGAGUGAGAAAAGGGAUAAGAUAAGUUUAUUACUGGAGUUGGAGGAAGGACUCCAUGUUUCUCUGAAACGACUUGACAGCCUGCAAAACGCACGCCGCCGAGCAAGUACUCAGGCCGAGCGCAGAGAGCUAGUAGCGCUACCAGGGACAGUGGUUGACUUUGAAGAACGCAUCGGAGCCGUGGCGAAUGAACUUGGUGGUAAUGAGUUUCGAGGGAUGUUGGGUGUCACAGCCACUCAAACCAAUGCGAUUCUAGCGAUAUCAAUUGCACGAGGCAAGAUGUACGAAGCUAGAGUUGGUGUGAUUGAAGCCAGACUGCGUCAGCAUCGCAACGAAGGUACGAGACAGCAGCAGCAAACGACACGCCAAUGUGGUGAUAAACUAAGAAACUUACGAGAUAAGUACAACACUUAUAAGCGUCGGGUACAAAAAUACCACACAGAUUAUCCUAGACGUCGGCGAGUGGAACUUCCGGACUUUGAUACCAUCGAGUCCAUGGAACCUGAUGAUCCAUUCUGGAACCGAGGUGAAGAUGAAGUACUGCCGGGCGAAGAGGCAGAGUCCGAGCGAAUCAGGCGUGGUAUAACUGCCUUCUUGGCGCGAAGGGGAGCCCAGGAGGAGCUGCGGCGACUCGCGCGAGAGUCACGCCAUAUGAUGGGUUGGGCAAUUGAAUAUCACCAGCGCAUCAUGGGAUUAAAGAUUACAAUGCAACAAGGUCCGCGGUAUUUUCAUUCCCAUUUACAUGGUUCCAGCAACUAA